AUGACCAAUGAAGAACUGGAUCUCGAUGGAAUUUUACGCAGGCUACUUGAACUCCGGGCCCCUCAGGGGAAACUCAAAGACUUCCGCUUCACAGCUCAAGAGUGUACUUAUGUCGCCGAUAAGGCGCGUGCAAUUUUCGCGAGCGAGCCUAUCAUGGCCGAUCUCGAGCCCCCGCUGACCAUCUGCGGCGACAUACACGGACAAUUUCGCGAUUUGCUGCGCAUCAUCGCCGAGGACAGAAUGCCCCCAUACAGGAACUAUUUGUUCCUCGGUGACUACGUGGACCGAGGUCAACAGUCGCUGGAAGUUCUACUCUUCCUUUACGUCUUGAAGAUCAAGUACCCAGCUAAUAUGUUCCUCUUGCGUGGCAAUCACGAAUCGAUCAGGCUUAACUCGGCCUAUGGUUUCCUAAGUGAGUGCCAGGCCCGUUCAACAACCGAAGUGUUCCGAAAAUUCAACGACUCUUUCGCUUACAUGCCCCUGGUCGCGAUCGUCGGACGGAAAAUGUUCUGCUGUCACGGAGGAAUCCCAAAAGGCCUUUUAAACCUCAGCCAGAUCCGAAAAAUCAAGAGACCGCUCACGGAAAUAGCGGACGAUAGCAUCGAAUGCGAUCUCCUCUGGGCCGAUCCUGGUAAAACAGAUGGCUGGACAGAGAACGAACGGGGGGUGUCUUGGUGUUUUGGGGAAAAACAGCUGAAUGAUUUUCUGGACAAAUUCGGUUUCGACGUUCUUGUACGUGGGCACGAGGUCGUUCGCAACGGCUACGAGUUUUUCGGAAAUCGUCGCUGCGUGACCUUGUUUUCAGCCGCCAAUUACUGUAACGAGUUUCCUAAUUCAAUAGGAAUCAUGCACGUCGGAAAAGAUCUCUUGUGCUCAUUCUCGGUUCUCAAGCCUCAUAGAGUACCUCCGGGACCGGAUCCUUUUAGGAAACCACGGAGCAAGAAAAACCUGUGA